GUGCCUUGUGUGGGAUGCCGCCGCCCGCCGCCAUGGGGCUGAAGGCCGCCCAGAAGACGCUGUUCCCGCUGCGCUCCAUCGACGACGUAGUGCGCCUGUUCGCUGCGGAGCUGGGCCGAGAGGAGCCGGACCUGGUGCUUCUCUCCUUGGUGCUAGGCUUCGUGGAGCAUUUCCUGGCUGUCAACCGUGUCAUCCCCACCAACGUGCCCGAGCUCACUUUCCAGCCCAGCCCUGCACCUGACCCUCCUGGCGGCCUCACCUACUUUCCUGUGGCUGAUCUAUCCAUCAUCGCAGCCCUCUAUGCCCGCUUCACUGCCCAGAUCCGUGGCGCUGUUGACCUGUCUCUUUACCCUCGAGAGGGAGGUGUCUCCAGCCGUGAGCUGGUGAAAAAGGUCUCCGACGUCAUCUGGAACAGCCUCAGCCGCUCCUACUUUAAGGACCGGGCCCAUAUCCAGUCCCUCUUCAGCUUCAUCACAGGUUGGAGCCCAACAGGUGGCAAGGGGAGAGAAUGAAUCCUGUCCCACCUCUUCACAACACUCAGUAGUUUAUAAGCCCUUUUGAGACCUGUAAACCUUGUGUAGUGUUAAUUCUCCCUUUGCAGUUGGGGAAACUGAAGUCCAGAGAGGGGAAGUGAUGUGUCAGAGUCACACACAGAAUGGCAGGGCUUGGACUGGAACCUGAUUACUUGGCUCCAAAGUCAUUAACCUCUUCUCUGCCCCGUGGGACCCCCACCCCUGACACUGAGCAGCCACAGAGUCCUGCAGUCCAGCAUGAGGCACAGAGAUGGCAGUAAAAUUUGGAGAUAAAAUUGGGCUACAUUUGAGACAAUUAAAUGAAA